UCCCCACUCACUUUAAUGUAUAACUCCACUCACUUUAAUAAUAAAGUUAAUAGUGUGAUUAAGGUAAAAACAAAAUUGCUGGUAAUUCUUUAAAUGUUAUACAAUACAUCAUCUUUUUGUCUCAGUGGAUGUUCAAUGUUAACAUUAAUUUUUCACCAAUGAUGUAUAGAUUGGAAGAAUUGCAUCACAUAUUGUGUAAUUUGUGAUGCUUUUCAAGAAAUGAAGUAGCCUGUUUGGCUUUUUAAUUGUUUUUCUGCAUCAUAAAAACAAUUCUCAAUUCUUGAAACAUAAAAAAGAAAAUAAUGUUUCCUUAUCAUGUGUUUUUAAAAAUUUCAGAACCUGCACUUUACUGAUCCAAUUAGCAAAACAUUUUUAUUUCUUUUUUAAGUCAAAAACAGCUUUUGCAGGAGGUAAAGUAAAAAUAGUGGAAUUUUUUAAUACAAAUACAAAAACAUUUAUACAAUUUUUCGGUAACUAAUUUAUCACAAAAUAUUUUAUAGGAAAGUAAAAAAGCUCUUCAAACAUGUCAGAACGUAAAGUGCUUAAUAAAUAUUAUCCGCCUGAUUUUGAUCCAACAAAACUCCCAAAACUAAAGCGUGGAAGGAAUCGUCAGUUUGUUAUUCGAAUUAUGGCACCAUUUAGCAUGAGAUGCACAACUUGUGGGGAAUAUAUUUACAAAGGAAGAAAGUUUAACUCACGAAUGGAAACAGUCGAAAACGAGAAUUAUCUUGGUCUGAGAAUAUAUCGAUUCUAUAUUCGUUGUACGAAAUGUAUAUCAGAAAUCACAUUUAAGACUGAUCCUGAAAACACUGAUUAUACAAUGGAACAUGGAGCUACUAGAAAUUUUGAAGCUGUCCGUAGACUUGGUGAGCAAUUAGACCACGAGAAAAAAGAAAGAGAAGAGGAAGAAGCAAACAACCCCAUGAAGGCUUUAGAGAAUCGAACAAGAGACUCAAAGAGGGAAAUGGAAUCAUUAGAAAAAUUGGAAGAAUUAAAAGAUUUGAAUCAACGUAUUGCUGGCAUUGAUCCUGAGAGACUUAUACAAGAACAUCUAAGAGAAGAAAAACAGAUUCUUGAGCAACAAGAACAGGAUGACGAAAUGCUUGUCAGACAGUUGUUUGGCAAGGGUGGUUCUGCUGAGGAUGGUUAUUUAAAACGAAUUUUAGAUGACGAUAGUGAUGAAGAAAGUAAACAGAAGAAAUCCAAAAAAUCAAAGCACUCUUCAAAUAAAAAAAUGGUCACUGACAUUCUCUAUGAUGAUAUUGAAACUCCUGGCCCCAGUGAGAAUGUUGCAGGACCUUCUGCAAAACCUGUCAAGAAAAUAAAAUUAAGAGCACCUUUAGAUGACCUUUCUUCUAUGGUUCGUAUUAGAAAGUCUAAGACAAAGGAUAAACAAGAAGCAAAGCCAAAAGAGCCAGAGAGUAAAGAAAUAAAGACGAAACAAGUCGAAGUGCAAGAUAGUUCGUCCAAACGCAUUUCAGAGGAGAUAGCACCACCGGUGUAUAAAUUAAAUAUGAAAAAAACUGUGAAAGAUGAGAGCAAGAUAAAGUCUAAAUUAAUGGAUAUGCUGGGUGGUUAUGGAUCUGGUGGUUCUGAAAGUGAUUAAUGAAAGGUGCAAGUUAUCAAAAGCGUAUUCAACUUAAAAUAUGUGGCGUCUCCAGGAUUCCAGGAUUUUUCUGUAGUUGUAUGUGCUUUUUCGAUGAUGUUUUCCUUUGUUAUUAUUUGUACUGGUAUGUUUUCACUAUCUGACAGUUGCUUGAUAUUAUUCCUUCGAGUACUUCUUUCACCUCCCCAUAUUUUGACAGUUUUUCAGUUAUGUAUUUCUAUACAUUUCGAGCAAUUGUGUCAAGAUUUGGAAAAAGAAGGUUUGUGUGUUUAUACCUGCAGUUAUACCUGCAGUUGUAUAUAUUUCAAAAAAAAAUUACAAUUUUCAUUCUCUUGAAAAUAUAAUCUCAUAAAGAAGUUGAUUAUUUCAUGGCCUAGUUUUAAUUUUUUCCUGUAACGGCAAACGUAAAAGCCAAGCAAAAACAGGGAUAGCUCGCUGUGGAUAAGUUCAGUUGGGUAUAGUUUGUCUAAAAAUUUUAGAAGUGGUUUAAUGAUAUUUUGAAUUCAGGUCAAAAGUAAAUCCAGUGCUCAUGUGUUUCAGCCAGGCCUUUAUCACAACGUGGACAGUGAGAGUUUAGGUUAUUAUUAAUUAAGGCGAUUUUUAAUAGUGUAGGGUGGCCAAAUUGUAAGAGCCUCCACCUAAUGCCAAAUGAUUUGUUGUUGUUGUUAAAAUUAUAAAGUGUUGUGAAAGUUUUUUCCCAUGUUUUGUUACUGAGUUGUAGGUUGUUCAUGCAGCAUGGUUUGGCCUUGUGUGUUUAUCAUGUGACUCCAGGAGACAGGGAUGCAGUUAAGUAGUUUUUCAUAUUGCUCUUGGGGAAAAUGGGAUUCUACAAUAGCUCUGUUGCGAAAAAGGAGAGUUAGCUUGUAAAGGGAUGUCUCACUUUAACAACAAUCAGGAUGAACCUGAUUAAACUCCUAUACUACAAACUUACAGUACAAAACUAUAAUAACUAAUUGCCCUGGCGUAUUAUAGUGAUUUUUCAGUUAAACACAAUAUGCACAAAUGUUCUUUUAUAGCUUGUCAGCAUAAACUAGGUAGUUUUAGCCUGAACGUAUACUGCAGUACAAUGAACCAAAGUGGAAAUUAAGUAACCCAUUCCGAAAUAUGUUGUGGUAUUUCUCUUUAAACAAAUCUUUUGACGUGGUAAAGUUUUCAUGCCAUAUCUACUAUGUAGUCAACCUCUGCGCAAAAAUGGGUAGACUUGGAAAAACCUUCCUCAGUAGCAAUUUUCAUUCUCUGAAAGAAUAUAACUUCAUUAAAUGAUUGAUUAUUUCAUGACCUAGUUUUAAUUUCCCCUUGUAGCCAAAAACAUGAAAGCCAAGCAAAAAUUGAAUAGCAUAUGAAAUUUGUUUACUAUAAAAUUCAAAGGAUCACGUUCUGAACUAGCUGGCUCAUCUUCAGUGCUCUCCUUUGCAGAUAUUUUUUAACUCAUUAAAUAAAAAAUGUUAGUACCUAUUGUUUCAAAAAUCUGUACGUUGGUGCGCUAAAUUAAAUGAUUUUUUAUCUUCACAAAUAUAUUUCUGUGAAAGUUUAUAAUUCGGGGGGUUAAAAUAUGUCGAAGCGUGCUAAAUAACUAGAAGUAUUCUCAAUUUUUUUAAAAAAGUUUUCACUGUUUAAAAAUUAUUUAAUAAUAUAGGAAGUUUUAUAUGGUUGCUUCAUUUGUUUUCCCCUGAGAAUCACACUUCGACCGUUUUCCCCCAACUGACUAUAUCUGUUCCAUGUGCAAGCAAUUUCAAACUGUUUUACACUCCGUUGUGGUUUUUAUAAACUAAGCAUAGUAUAUGAGAGAUAACAUAGUUUGAUAUUAACUUUGAGCGAAGAAACAAUAAGCAUAUUGAGAUUUUGUAUUAUCUCCAUAAAGUAAUGGUUAGAGUUGCGAAGGAUGUGGUAGAAAGUUUCUAACUGAAACUUCGUUUUCAAACAUAAAAAUUCACACUGAAAUAUUAAUAUUUCUGAACAUUUAUUAAUUUAUAUUUACUUAUGUUGAUGGAAACAAGGAUUUUGAAAGGUAAAUAAUUUCUUUCUAAAGUCAUGAUACACAAUGCGCUAAGAUGGAGUACAAGAAAAUUAAAACGACAUAGUUGAAACAAAAACUAAAGAACAUAAUUUCUAUAGGUAAAAUAAACUUUCUGUUAGAUUUUUAGUAAAAGUUUUUUCAACCUCUCUCCUAGUUUGUCACCACGAACCUUUACUAAAUGUAUCGGAAAUUUAACAAUAAUAUUUUUGUGAUUAUUUUGGUACAAAUUUUAUUUUCUAAUCACUAGUUUUUUAGUUAUGAGCACACAAACACUAGCAUGAAACGCAUAUAUGCGUCUGUAGGGAAUUCAAAGAAGUUUUUAAAAACGCAUAUAUGCGUUUUUGGGGUUCAGUGAGUUAAAACGUAUGGUACACUUCUGAAAAAAAAACUUUAAUUCGUCACCGUAGUAACAAUGUAACUUUAACACUCUGUAUGAUGCGCACAUGUCUACUUACUCCCGCACUUUGAUCAUAACGAAAAAACAUGGGUUAGAUAAGAAAUAAUAAGAAGAAAGGACAAAGCGGUGAUAAAAUAAUCAAUAUUUUGAAUCAGUCCAUUUUCUUUCUUCCCUGACAUAUCGGGGCAUUGCUUGCAUGUCUUAAUUUCAAUGUAUCAUCCAAAACUUGCAAAGAACAAUCUGCAAUAGCUGAUACAACACCAUUAUUAGCAGUCCAGCCGUGACUAAGCCAAGUACCAUCAAAACUAGUUGGAAUAUCAAUGAUAUUUCCAGUACUUCCAUACUCCUUCCGAACGAUAUCUUUUGUCCUCUCUGCUGCUAUUUUAAUUUUAUUUUGUCUCAAUUACAUGUUUGUACAUGUUUGCCAUAUAAAGUCUUAAUGAAUAAAAGAAGCUUUCUUGGUAGUCGUGUUGUUGGUAAAGGACGUUGAGAAUUACAAAAAAUCGCUAGUGUGUUUUAAAAUUUGUUUUUUGUUCUCCUAUUACGAGGCCAAUUGUUUUUUCCUGAUUGAGUUUUGCACCUGACGCCUUUUUGUACUUGUCAUAUAUUUUUAAAGCUUCAUUGUAAGAUAUUAUAUUUUGAAGAAAAAGUGUUGUAUCAUCCACAUAUUAGGACAAUUUAUGUUCUGUAUUCCAAGGAGAUAUAUUCCUCUAACCUUUGGCUCAGUCCUCAUACAUCUGGCUAUUACCUCUGCUAAGAGCACAUAUAAUGGUUGGGAUAGGGGAUAUCCCUGUCUUAUUCCCCUAUUAACUUUGAAGGUUGCUGAAACGGUGGCUUUAACAUCUUUGUGUAAUGUUUCUAUAUAGCUUAUAAGGGACUUUCAAAACCCAUUGCUUAUAAUGUCUUUCCAAUGAAGUUGCGUUCCACCCUGUUUUGUUGUAUAAUAAAAGUAGUACCCCCUUUUUCUUUGUAAUAUUGAAUUAAAUCAUGAGUAGGAUGAUAUUACAAAAUAUUUUCCUGACUGGUACGGCGCACGUCUGACCACAUUCUUUUGUGUUAAUCUUUUACCAAGAAUUUUUGACAGUAUUUUAUAAUCUGCUGUCAGCAGAGUUAUAAGGUCUCCAGUUUUUAAUAUUUUUGGUGUCUCCUUUUUUUUGGAAUCAAGUUUGUUAUUCCUAUUUUUUGAGUGUUAAUUAUAUAAUAUAAAUAGAUGUUUUUGAGUGAGUAUACUGUUAAAAAGUUUGGUUAGUAUUGGGGUUAGUUGUUCAAUAAAAGUUUGGUAAAAUUCAGCUGGAAUUCCAUCAAUCCCAGGAGAUCUAUUUGUAUUUAGCUUCAAAAUUGUAUCUUUCACUUCUUGUUCUGUUACUUUUUUGUUGUUUACUUACCUUCUAAUAUUUCUUUUGGAUUUUCCAUUUGUUUGUAAUUUAAGAUUGUUAUAUUUUUUUGUUUUGUUUUCUAUAUUCUUCUGAAAAGAAAAUAAUUGAAGGGGUCUCUCCAUCCUCUAAUAAUUUUGAUUGGAAAUUUCUUUCCAAAUAAAGCACACAGGAGUAAAUAUGCACCAUUAACUGCUGGUGAAUAACACAAGCAAGAAAAUUUGUUAAACCAUUCAAAACGAAAGCAUCUUUUAGUUUUUGGGAACACAUAAUUGCUAUUUGAUUUAAAAACGUUUUUAUUGAGAUCUAGAAUUGCUGAAGUGUUAUUUUUCAAAGUUCUCAUUUUCUCAUGGUACAAUGACAAAUCAAAUUUAUUCACAGGUAAUAAACUGUCUGGCAUGUUACUACAAGGUGGUGGUGUAGGAGAAGGCAUUUUUGUAACUGCGCAAGCUUCUAAAAUUACAGGUGAUUGUGAAAUCUGUGGUGUGACAAUGCUUGUUGUUGUAACAUGGGAUGGUACAGGUGGAUAACAAAUUGUAUGUAAGGAUUCAAAAACAAGGCUAUUGCAGUCACUUGGUGUGAUGCUUAAAUGAUUUGACACAACAUAUUUAUUGAUGGUAUAACUUUUAGAAAAAUAAAAGUGUCACUUCAUUUGGCAGUCCAAAAACUACCCUAGUUUGUCUACCGUGAUGUCCUGUUCUAACGUGGGCUGUAGAUUUUCCGGUAUUCUGGAGUGUAGUCUGAGCAGGAGUUGGUCCUGAUCCGUCCUGUUCGUCUCCUGUUUUGUAUACAGUGGAGUGUAAAAUUCCGUUAUUUCUCGGGUAAUGUCUGGGUUUGUGUCUGCAGUUGUACCGUCUUCACGACUGCGGGAGGAAAGAUUUCUUUCAUCAUCCCUACUUUUUUUCCAAGUUAAACAAUAAGGGGGUGCAUUUUUCCCCACCUAGUUUCCAAUUCAUUUUACAGCGUAUUUUGGCUGCUUGAGACUCUUUGGUAUUAAUUGCUUGUCAGGUAGUUUUUAAAGUGUUAAUUUGAAUUCCAUUAAGGAUGGGUUUAUUAAGGUAAUUUUUUAGGGAUUUUUUGAGGUGUCUUCUUUGCCUUUUUUUGUUUUAACUAAAGUCGGAGGCGUAGCGAAUAGGUUUUUUAGGUAGCUUUUUCCUUGUUCUCCCCAUUUCUCAAUUGACGAAAAGUUGAGUCUCUGUGGCUGCCAAGUUUUGUAGGUGUCAUUAUUUAAUAAGUCGUUGUUAAAAUGCCAGUAGCCGGGGCCUCGGUCGAGAUUGCCCAACUUCAGUUUUGUCUUUACCAAAUUGUAGUGGUCAGUCAUUAUUGUCGGGUUAUAUGUGAUAUAAGCGAUGUUCGGUUAAUGUUGUUUUGUUAUGUACAAUCUGUCUAUCCUUGUACACGUUUUACAGCGUGGCAAGAAUGUGUAGAAAUUUUCGUGUGGGUUAAGGACACCCCAGGUAUCCUCAACCUGUAGUUUGGCCAAUAGACGUUGCAAGGAAGGUCUAGGGCAGCAGUUAUAUUUUUGUUCAUUUUGUUCACCGUCUUCAGGGUGUGUAGUCAUAUUAAAAUCGCCUCCCAGACAAACAAUUUUGUUUUUGCUAGGUGUUAAGAGCAUUUGAGAUAGUCGGUGGGAAAAAGUCUACGUUCCUCCUGUUUGGCAUGUGUACCACCAGAAGGUGCAUUAAUACUAAUGAGAAAAAUGUUUUUUCCUUUUAUAAUACCGCGCGCAGAGACCCAGCGGCCCCUACUGUCUGCAGUAAUGUCAGCUUUGGAGUCACUAGGAAGAAGUGUAGCUACUCCGCCUGAGUUGUUGAUUAAAGGCGAGUAGGCUACAGAGCCUGUCCAAGUUUUUUUUGUUUAUGUCGGCAUCGUUUAGAUGUGUUUCUUGUAAAAAGUAGAACGUAGCUUUUUCUCCAAGUAGGUGGUUUAGUAUCGUUUGGCACCUAUGUGGAGUCUAAGUCCAUUGACAUUGCUGGAGACAAUUGCGACCGCCAUCGAUAUUUUCUUACAAAAAACAGUGGUCCCGUCUUUUUGU